GGAAAGCAUUCUUUUUUCUUUCCUGGGCACGUUCUUUAACCCUAUUGACACGCGAGUGCGCUCUUUUUUUCCCGUUCAGGAGAUGCUCUUGGUUUGGAGAGUGGACUGAGCUUUGAUUAACUUGAAUGAGAUACUCGAAGUAGUCAAUGCAUUCAAUUGGAAAUUUUUGAGACAUGCGGUGCGGGAUUUUUAGUCACAAACAGAUCAGGUGGCAUGCUUUUAAUUUCAUUUUAGUCAUUAUCAUUAUCGCAGCUGAUCUAAGCUCUUCAAAUAGAAACCUAACCAAUGUUGGAAGAUUUCAGCGUGGAAAUCAGCCGAGACGCUACAGAAGGCAAGUCUUCUUCAAUGGCAUCGGGAACGGCAAACCAGUCACCCCAUCGCACCGCAUAUCGAGGAUACCUCGAAUUUCAUCAGCAGAACUGGAAAAAUUCGUCAACAGAUCGGUAGCGAUGGUCGAAAGGAGAUUGGGCUUGUUAGAACAAAGUAUAUAUGCAAAUGGAAUUGUUUUGGAUCCCGGUAGCCCGUCUUGGUUUGCAGCUGCUUCUGCGAAAACUAAAGUCGUGGCAAAGAACAUCUCAAAAAUGGCUCUUGUUGCAGAAGAAACUACUAGAUUGCUGGCCAAUCAGUACAAAUUUAAUAAAGACCAGAUUCUUCAUGCCCUGCCCACUGUCGAUGUUCGUGGGACUGUGUUGGAGAGGGAUUGUCCGUUAACAGUGGACUUCCCAUGCCGGCCUAAGAAAUAUAGAGCUUAUAGUGGUUACUGCAACAACGUCCAGAAUCCUAGAUGGGGCAAUGCAAAUACCGCUUAUGUGCGCUAUCUAAGUCCAGAUUAUUCUAACCAUGUGAACAGUCCUCGACAAUCGGCAGCCGGUGGACCAUUACCAGGAGCACGACAUGUCAGCGCCGUUGUCCAUUCUGAUUCCGAAAGACCGCAUCCUCAUUUAACUGUUUUCCUCGCCAUUUUUGCAGAAUUCGUUUUCCAUGACAUCUUCCAUACUUCUCAAAGUGCAGGUUACAGAGGGCACAGAAUCCGAUGUUGUGGAGUACCAAAAAAUUUCCUGCAUCCCGAAUGCUAUCCAAUAAUUGACGAUGACAUUACAAGCAAACAAAGCUUUUGCGUGAAUUAUGUCAGGUCCUCUAAUGUACCUAGGGCCGGAUGCACCCUGGGCCCUCGAGAACAAAUUAAUCAAGUAACUUCCUUUCUGGACGGUUCCGCUGUAUACGGUUCUUCCGAAGAAGAGGUGAAGCGUCUGAGAACGUACAAGAACGGUCUCAUGAAAACUCAGGAGGGACUGGAACUUUUACCACCGGACAUUUCAAAUCCUCAUGACUGUAGAGCAUCUGCUUUGAAUCAUAAAUGCUUUUUAGCCGGCGACGUUAGAGUGAAUGAAAAUGUUGGUUUAAUGGUAAUGCAUACUUUAUGGGUGAGAGAACAUAACAGGAUUGCUAGGGAAUUGCUAAAGAUCAAUCCACAUUGGACUGAUGACCAUUUAUUUGAAGAAACCAGGAGGAUUAUAGGAGCUGAGCUCCAGCAUGUGACUUAUUCAGAGCUCCUUCCAGCUUUGCUUGGAAAUCAGGUACUCCGGCAGUUUGAUCUCCACCCUCAAGAAGACUCGUCCUUUUACCAUGGUUACGACAUCAAUCUCAAUCCGGGUACUUCAAAUGCUUUCGCGGCCUCUGUCGGUGCCUCUUUUUACUCCAUGAUGCCAUCCCACUUCUUUCUGUACUCACAAUCUUCGGCUCUCAAGGACAGGACGGUGCCAAAACCCGACACGGUUGGAUCCAUGCAAAUCAGCGAAACUCACUUCUAUCCUGAACCGCUAUACAAAGAAGGUACACUAGAGCAAGUUUUGUUAGGAAUGACCAAUCAAAAUGCGCAGUCAAUGGACGAGUUCAUUACGAGGGAAAUGAACAACAAUUUGCUUGAGGAUACGGAAGAAAGUCGCAGCGAUGGCGGCGAUAUGGAUUUAGCAGCUUGGAUUAUACAACAGGGUCGAGAUCACGGAGUACCCGGGUACCUAGAGUGGAGGAAGGUGUGCAGGCUUUCGCCUACAGUACAAAAUUUCACUCAACUUCGACAAAUUAUGACAAAAGGCGCAGCACAGAAAAUCGCAACUGUUUACAAAGACGUCAAUGACAUUGAUCUCUUCACUGGAGGAUUAUCCGAGAAACCUGUCGUGGGGGGUGUCGUGGGUCCAACUUUCGCUUGCAUCCUCAGUCGUCAGUUCCAGCAUCUGAAGAAAGGAGAUAGAUUUUGGUAUGAAAAUGACGUGCCGCCCAAUGCUUUCACAAAAGAUCAGUUGCAAGAAAUUCGAAAGUCCAGUUUAACAAGAAUACUAUGCGAUAAUGGGGGAAAGUUAGUCCGACUGCUGCAGCCUUCACCCAUGCUUAUGCCAGAUGAGUAUUUGAAUGCCUUUCAAGAAUGCGAAAAAGGAACUCAGCCGAUGGAUUUUUCUAAAUGGAAAACAGCCUCUCCGGUCUACGAGAUACCCAAAGAAACGAUUCUGACAUCGUUAAGAGAAGCUAUGAGACAAGCCAGAAUUAGAAUUGCUGCUGAACAAGAAAUAUUUAGCAACAACAUUGGGGUGGCCCAUUUUCGAAGUGCCGAAGCCGUGCAUCACGUUUUCUUACGUCCGAAGCGGCAAGCUAUGCUGAUUGCCAACAAAUCUCUGAUCCUGGAGCUAGCUUCUCACCAAUUCAUGCAAGACGCCCAAAUCAAGGAUCACGAGAAGAAACCGAGUGAUGCUGAUAUCUCCAGCAUGAUGGCUACUCUGUCAGCUCAAGACGUGGAGGAUUACCUUCAGCAAGAAAUGAAGGUGACUCUUCCUGAUCACGUCGAAGGGAAGUGCAGACUGGAGGAGGAACAGUCGUCUCUUCCUUGCGAUCAUACCACUCCUUUCAGGUCCGCUUCGGGAUGGUGUAACAACAUACAAAAUCCACACUGGGGAAAAUCUUUGGUGACAUUUCAGAGACUGCUGCCGCCGCGGUAUCACGAUGGUGUGAGUGCAGCUCGAGCAGUGGGCCGUUCGGGUCGAGCUCUUCCCUCUCCUCGUCUCAUCUCUUGGACAGUCCACUACGACACUGAUGCACCCCAUGCUAGAUACAGCUUAGCUCUAAUGCAGUGGGGACAAUUUUUGGACCAUGAUCUUACUCUCACUCCUAUGCAUGAAGCUCUUGGUCGAAAACCUUUGGACUGCAAAGCAUGUGAUUCUGCUACAACGGUCCACCCAGAAUGCUUGCCGAUUCCCAUUCCUAUAGGAGAUCCAUUCUUUCCAGCAGUGCAUCAGAAUGCAUCGAAAAAUUGCAUCUCAUUCGCCAGAUCUUUGGCUGGCCAACUCACUCUGGGUAGGCGAGAGCAGAUGGAUCAGUUAACUUCGUACAUUGAUGCUUCUAACAUGUACGGUUCGGAUACAUGUGAGGCGAGAAUGUUGAGAUCUAAUCACGGAGGCCGUCUGAAUUCUACAAAGCACCCAUUUGGAGGCAAAGAUCUCUUGCCUGAAGAUGUCACGAACGUGGAAUGCCGAGCACCCACCGGGAUAUGUUUCGAAUCAGGUGAUAUCCGGGCCAGCGAACAACCAGGUCUCACAUGCAUGCACACAAUCUGGAUGCGGGAACACAAUCGAAUUGCGGGCAUCUUGGAAUCUUUAAAUCCCCACUGGGACGACGAAACCAUUUACCAACAAGUGCGUCGCAUUGUUUCCGCCAUGUUGCAGCACAUCACCUACACGGAAUUCCUGCCUCGAGUUUUGGGAGAAAAACUCAUGAAGGAACUGGACCUCAUGUCCAACACCUACGAAUAUGAUCCUACGUGUGAUGCUACCAUUUACAACGAGUUCGCAAGCGCAGCCUAUAGGUUUGGGCACACACUUCUCAAACCUAUGUUUCAGAGGUUGAGUGCUGGAUACAAAUCGAAAACUUCUAAGCAGUCUAUCAGGCUUCGAACUGCGUUUUUUAAUCCUGAAGCUCUCUAUGAAAGACAUGCAAUCGACGAAGUACUCCGUGGAUUGCUAAGCACUAGUGUUGAAGUGUUUGACCAUUCCAUCACUUCUGAGGUAACCAAUCACCUUUUCGAAGACAGCAAAGUUCCAUUUUCCGGUAUGGAUUUGGUCGCAUUGAACUUACAGAGGGGAAGGGACCACGGACUUCAACCAUAUAACGAAUACAGGGCCUUGUGUAACAGAACAAGAGCGAAGAGUUUCGAUGACUUGAAAGAUGAUAUUCCAGAACAUAUCGUGCAAAGGUUGAAGAGUGUGUAUGAGCACGUAGAUGAUAUCGAUCUUUUCACUGGAGGAGUAGCAGAGAAAUCCAUGUAUGGGGCCCUGGUAGGACCUACAUUCGGAUGUAUCCUAUCCAAACAGUUCACGAAUCUGAGAAAGUGUGAUCGUUUCUGGUAUGAAACACAAGAUCCUUUCUUAAGGUUUACUCAGGACCAGCUGACUGAAAUUCGGCGGACGAGGCUUUCUAAAAUCUUCUGUGAUAACUCGGACACUAUUGACACAGUUCAAAUGAAAGCAUUUGACCUACCUGAUGACUUCCUAAAUCCCAGAAUGCCAUGUAAAAACAUCCCUUCUCCAGACCUGAGUAUGUGGAAGGAAAAAACAUCCUGUGAUCAUCAAAUGGAAGGAGGAAGGAUAAACAUUCCCAUGGGACAUUCACACAGAAUUUCACCAUGUGUUACAUGUUCCUGCACAAAAGAAGGGAUGGUUUGCCAAUCUUUAAAAAUUUCAAACUGUUUCCAGCUUGCAUCUACUUACACAAGAGAGACGAUACUGGACGACGAUGUGUGCAAAGUACAGUGUGCUUUUGCUUUUAGAGCCUAUCCACAGUUUGAAACUAAUUUGGAUAAUAUCUUAGGAUUUACAGUGAAUGAAAAAUAAUCAUUUAAAUUAUCUACACAAAGACGUCAUCAUUUUUAUACAGAGUAUGUCAUGCAAGUCACCAAUUUUAUGAAGUAUAACAUAAUAAAUCUAUUAAUUUUAUUUAUUUAUUUUUAUUUCUCUUAUUCAGUCUACAAAAGUUCUAAAAAAUAAGACUAGACUCUUUCCCCCACCUUCAAAUUCAUAUAGAAGUAUACAACAUUUCAUUUUAUCGAAGAACUUAACUAAAAUUCUUUUCAGCAUUAAGUAUAGGAUUAUUACUAUCACAAAACAAUUUUAAAAUUAUUUGAAGUUUAAA